CUUUAUGUGAGUUGAAUUAUUGAUUUGGCUAGAACUAGAAGCAAUCAUAGAUGAAAUAGGGGACUCCAGGCCGCCAAAUCAUUCCGAGUUUUGAAUUUUGUGCUCCUCCGUCGUUAACUCUAAUUGAAGAAAAAAAAUGCAUGGUCGUCUCGCAUUUCAGACAACCCGUUGUGACAUCGUGCUGCCUGCGGCGAGACACAAGAAAGGUUACGCCAUCAGCGCAGAUAGGAAUAUAAAGAUGCUGGCACUUAGAUGGCGAUUAAGAUAAAACAUAGUCGGAGACUCGGUGGCGCGAAGCUAUGGCGUCAUCCGUCGCGCCAGAGGCUCCUGAAGAAGGCGGCGCACCUGCUCGAGAAUCAGGGGAAGAGAAGUUUCGGUCGUAUAACCUCCCGCAAGACGAGGAGAGUAAAGGUGUAGGCGGCAAUGUAGGAGGUGCAAAUGCCGCUACAUCGUCACAGCAGUCUUUGAGCGGAUUCAACGGCUUCGAAUCCGUCUCGAACGUGGAUAGCCGUGUUCCACUGUGCAUGCGCCUGACCGACUGGAGUAAGCGUCCUGAGCCCUUUGGUGGUGGUCCUGUGCAAGUGCGUGUCGAGUGCUUCUUUCAGAACUGGGAGGUCAAACCUGUUGAUGGAAAAGAGCGCUUCUUCCUGACCGUCAAGCUGACUCUUUGGUGGACCGAUGAGCGCUUCAUGGUCGGCUGCAAGAAGGCCUACGACGGAGAGCCUCUGAGGGAGGUGCAGCGAAGAUACCGAAAAUUGUCUACAUCGGACCUGUCGCCCGGUAAUGAGGACAAAAUACUCGGGGAGCAUUGGCCGUAUGAGACGACCCCGCCGAACUUGUGGAGGCCCGAAAUAUUUUCGCUCUAUGUGUUGGACGUCUUGAAAGUUCCGGAAGACUACCAAGAAACUCCAGUCACGUUCAUGAAGCCUGGGAAGUUAAGGGCAUUGCGACAUGCAGUUUUAUUCGAUUGUGUGUGAAGUGUUGAUGAACACAAUUAGGAAAGUGUUUCGCAACGAAGUUUCCAUCCAUUCUCAAAAGAGAUCGCUGCAUGUGGGAUUUUCCAUGUACAGCUUCCUCUAAAACCAAAAAAUUCCAUAACAGUAAUUAAGUGACCUCCUCCCAUAGCAGGAUCUUGUUAAGACUUUUUCCUUUUUCUCAGAGGUGUGCUGCAGAUUUAGAUUGGCUCCUCCCUUUUUAUAAGGUUGGGGCUUAGGUCCAGCGGCGCUCGAAGCACAUAGGGAAAGCAGCCGGCUAUUUUUCCCUCUACUCGUAGACUUAUCUCUUCAAGCAACACAUUAUAGAUAAGGGAGUGUGUUGGAUUGUCUGCCUGGCUGUAGCAGCUUUAAGAAAGUUUGGCACCGAUGGGCUCCUACAGUGGCAGAUUGCAUUUGAGCCGCUGAAUAUGGACACAUUACGGGACUCCAACGCCCUCAAAGUCUUCCCUUUCGACAGCUUUCGCUGUGAUUUUGGUAUUUGUCUCAGCGGUGAGACGCGGCUGGAGUCGGCGGCGCAGGUGCGGCCCACAUUUCACAACGAGGACAAAGACGGAAAGGGCUACCACAUCCAUUGGCGCUGUGCUCAGAACAAUGGAGAGUUUUAUAUCCACAGUUUGUCGUAUGCGGAGGCUUCACACGGGUCGCCGCUGAUCGAGAAUCAGUCCUACAGGGACCUGAUUUUUUCGUUGCACGUCGCUCGAAAUCCUAGUUUCUACCUGUACAAAGGCCUGCUGCCGCUAGUGGCGAUCACGCUGUUUGGUUUCCUCGGAUUUUUUUUGGACACCGACGCACUGGCUGACAGGCUGGCGCUUUACUUAUGUCACGGGCUAUAUGUUGGUAGAUGAUGUUAGUAGAGUUGUGCCCGUAUUGGUAUUGCGGACUAGUAGUCGCGUUGAGUGAUGACCUAUUGAUUACGUCGCGCAACAGAAUAUACCUUCUAAGUAGUUCGACCAUGUUCCUGACUUGCUUCGCGGUACAGUGGAUUACGAUGGACCGGCUCCCACGGGUCGCGUACCUAACCGUGUUCGACGAUAUUGUGCUUGGUGUUGGGUCGGCGCUGUUUUUCAUGUCUUGCGGUGCGGGAGUGAGUAAGCUGCUCUACAGAAAGUGGAGUAGGCGGAACGCUGACGAUAGUGUUAUGAUGGGGGCGAGGCGCUAUGUUGCACUGUAAAACAAAUUGAUAGUAACUGAUCCUAUUAUAGCAUGUAGCCUCAACUUUUUCUAGAACGCUUGACCAUAUAAGUGUUUUCGGGAGCAAGUAUAGAGUUUUGAUUCUCUGCUGUAUCAAUGUUCCUUCCUCUCUCUCCUUCAUCCAAAGCGGCGUGCAUCCCGACGAUUUCGAUGCAGUCUUUGGGGCUUCGCUUGCGGGGUUGUUUUUGCUAUAUGUGGUUUAUUGUCUUGUCUACAAAGUAAAGCGCGACAGGAAACGCUAUGGGAUGAGCCGGAGACUCGGGUUUACGUCUCUCUUCACGAUACACGAAGCCUAUAAGAAAACUUUUGACGUGUCGAAAGCAGGCGGCUCAACACAGUGGGAGUCGGGGUAUAUCUCGGGUGAAAAAACUUCAACUGCGGAAUUUUGAAGCCCUGGUGACGGCUUGAAAAGAUUACCAAAGGGAUCAGUGGCCGUAGUUGGUGAAAGGAAGGCGCCUUGUGGAUAGAAUGCUUGGGUCUCUUUUUCGAAGAAGCAAAGCGAAAAUGUGGAUAGCAUGUAGACAGGUUCGAUCUCGGGGUCGCUUCAUUUCACCACAUCGAAAGCAUUGCAAAGAAGAGCUUGAAGCUAAAAAUUGAUAGGCAUCUUGCGCUGUAACUCAUUCAUUCACAUAUUGUUUUUGAUGAUUCAGAUUGUGUUUGCAUGAAUAGCAAGAAACACGCACUGGUGCGAAGCGACUACGGCUUAAUUUGACUCCAGCGCUCGCGCGUGGUCUGUUGAGUCUGGAUAGUACGUAGCGCCUUCGGUGCAAUGCGAUCGGCAUCGAAUACACUGGAUGCGCUCGAAGAUAAGGA